AUGGGACGUGGUCAGCUUAUACUCAUCGAAGGUUUGGACAGAUCUGGCAAGUCUACUCAGUCGGCCAUCCUCGCUGAGAAGCUCGGAAAGUCAAAGCUUCUCAAGUUUCCUGACAGAAGCACUUCUGUUGGAAAGAUCAUCAACGAAUACUUGACAAACUCGUCUUUUCAGCUCAGCGACCAGACAGCCCAUUUGUUGUUUCUGGCUAAUCGCUGGGAAUUGAACAAUGAAAUCAUUGAAUUGCUCAAUGAUGGUUAUUUCGUGAUCCUUGACAGAUACAUCUACUCUGGAAUUGCUUAUUCUUUAGCCAAAUACGAGUAUUCCAAGACAGCAAACAAUUCAGGAGUAAUUGCCUCAACCACAGCUUCCGAACAAAUGGGCGACGUCGAAUGGCUCUACGGUCCUGACAAGGGAUUGCCCAAGCCCGACUUAACCUUGUUUCUUACUCUUGAUUUGGUAGAGCUUGGAAAGAGAAAAGGCUGGGGUAAUGAACGUUACGAACUUGAAGAGUUCCAGAAGAUUGUAAAGAGCAGUUUCUUGCGGAUUCUAAAUCAUGAAGAAGACGAAACAGUAGAGCUUGUGGAUGUCAGUGGAAAGAACAUCGAAGAGGUGACAGCGUUGAUCUGGGAAGUCGUAGAAGAAAAGAAAGUGAAUCAGACUACAGAAAGACAAAUUGAAAAGUUAUCAUGA